AUGGAUCUCCCACCUUUGAGUUUGGUUACUCCAAAGGUAAUUAGACAAGGCGACCCAUUAUCUCCGUUCCUUUUCCUAGUGGUUAUGAAAGCUCUUUCUAGCAUUCUUUACAAAGCUGGGAGGGAUGGGUGGUUUAAAGGUAUUAAAACGCCUAAUAAUGGACCGAUUAUCUCGCAUCUUUUUUAUGCGGACGACGCUCUUUUAAUAGGGGAAUGGGAUAAGGAUAACGUUUUGAGCGUGGCGAGAUGUUUGAGAAUUUUUUAUCUGUGUUCGGGCCUAAAAAUCAAUUUACAUAAAUCUAAUUUAUACGGGAUGGGGGUGGAAGAUGACGAUAUUAAAGAUAUGGCCAAGGUGGUGGGAUGUAAUACGGAUAACAUCCCUCUUUCUUACUUGGGGAUUAAGGUGGGGGCUAAUAUGAAUAGAAUAAGUAAUUGGACAUCGAUUGUUGAGGUUUUUGAUAAAAGGCUGUCGGUUUGGAAAGCGAAAUCAAUAUCAAUGGGAGGGAGACUAACCCUAAUUAACGCAUUGUUGGAAAGCCUCCCUAUCUACUACUUGUCGCUGUAUAAAAUUCCUGUUGGGGUCAUUAAGAUGUUGGAAGCAAAAAUGAGAAAAUUUCUCUAG